AUAGCGGCGCCUUUCUGGAGUUUAUGCGAAACCUUUGGUAUCGCAUUGGGUUUUAUCCUAGCUCCCAUUUAUCAUGUCUUUAUCUCGUCUAGUCAUCGAGAAUAAUUCAUCUGGAUGGAAGUCCAGGCUUUCAACAAGAGUUUCUUGGAGAACUGCUGCUAUAGUUGGUAUUCCUCUGGGCAUUGCUGGUUUGGCCGUGUUUUUUCAUUACAUAAAAACAAAAAGGAGACACGUGCAACAGAACUUACCCCAGAGGCACCUUUAGAGGCUGCUUUAGCAUUAAAGCUGAAAGGCAAUAAAUUUUUCAAGGGUGGACAGUACGCUCAGGCAAUCAGUUUAUAUGAUGAAGGACUUGAGAAAUGUCCUGUUGAAGCAGUUCAGGAGCGUGCAGCUUUUUAUCAGAAUCGUGCAGCAGCCAAAGAGAAUCAACGUCAGUAUGAAGCAGCUAUUGAAGACUGUUCCCUUGCCUUAUCCUUAUCACCAAACUAUCUUAAGGCACUUAACCGAAGAGCACAUUUGUAUGAAAAACUAGAAAAAUGGGAUGAAUGUCUUCUUGAUGUCACAGCUUGUUGUAUUUUUGAAAAAUUCAAAAACGCUGAUAAUAUUGUCUGUAUGGAUCAGAUCCUGAAGAAAAUAGGACAGCAAAAGGCUCAGGAAGAGCGUGCCAAACUAUUGUACGAGUUGCCAUCAGCUUCGUUUAUUCGUAACUACUUGAGUGCUUUUGCGUGCAAUCCAUUUGCCGCAAGUAAUGCACAAGUAUCUCGAAAAGAUUCAACCUCUGAGAAUUCAAUAAAUGGAGCUACUGAUGAACACACUGUAUCAAACAUUUCUUCAGAUAAUUCAAAUCACAGUCUACUCAAUCUAUCACAUUACAAGGAGCCUAUCCAAUCAGCUUUUAAAACACUGAAUACUGCAUUGAACUAUAUGGCUAACGCUGAAUAUGAUCAGUCAGCAGAAUAUGCUAUGAAAGCAGUCUCCUUAUUUGAAUCGGUUCUUUCCGAUAAGUCAUUUAAUGAUGUGAGAGGUUUUCUCAAUUCACCUCUGAGUGGUGAUAAUAAGAAUAUUUCAUACCAGUCUAUCAUAAAACCCGAUGGUGUUCCUGAGGCAAAUGGUCAUCAUGAAAAUGAAGACGAUAACAAGAAAGAACAUACUCCAUUGUUGACAACUGAUAACGAUGAAUCACAUACUGUGGAAACUAGUGAAUCUGUAAAAGCGCAUAUCAAACAAGCGUAUAAUCAAGCUUCGCUGUUGCAUGCCACCUAUCAAGCGUUAGCAGGUCGUUCUGAAGAUGCAAAAGAACGCUUCCAAAACAUUGGUGCCAUUGAUUCAGGAGCGUCACUGACAGUUCGUGUGAAUGCAUUGAUCAAAUCUGCUUGUCUAUCAAUGUCUGUUGAUCAGGAUGUUGCUGCAUGUCUGUAUGAUUUCCAGCGUGCACAAAAUGUAUGGUCUGAAUGUCCGGAUGUCUAUUUGCAUCGAGGUCAAAUUAAUCUACUGGCUGAUCAAUUAGAUGAAGCGUUGCAUGACUUGAAUAUGGCUGUAAAACUGAAGCCUGAGUUUUCAGUAGCUCAGGCUCAACGCUUGUACACACUUUAUCGUUGUGCUUUAAGUUCUGGAGAUAUGAGUAAGGUGAAUUCUCGCGUCGAUGAAUUUCGUCGACUGGUGAAAAAGUAUCCCAAUUGUCUAGAAACUCAUUCUUUAUUUGCUCAGAUUCUGACAGAACGUGGGGAUUACGCUGAAAGUGACAAAGUAUUCGCAGAUCUUAUAUCACUAGCACCAGAUUCUGGUUUGGCCUAUGCACAUCGUGGCCUGUUACAAUUAAGAUGGAAACAAGAUCGUGAUGCUGCAUUACGUUUCUUUAUAGAGGGUACUAAAAAAGAUCCAAAAUGUGAAUUGAUUCAUGAAUUGCUUGGUCAAUUGUCGGUUGAAAAGGGUCAAUUUAACGAAGCUUUAAAUCAUUUCGAUAUUGCAAUUAAACAGGCUAAAACUCAAAAUGACUUAGCUCAUUUAGUUGCUCUACGUGAAGGUGUCAACGCCCAGUUGAAAGUGUGCGAGAAAUACAAUAUAUCUAUCCCGGAUAUAGUAUCCAGUAUACAACAGGAACAACAAAGAUUCCUUAUGGGUAUGCAAGGUGAAAGUGUAUAAUAAUACAUAUAUAUAUAUAUAUAUAUAUAUAUAUAUAUAUAUAUAUAUAUAUAUAUAUAUAUAUAUUCACAUUUUAAUUUUUCAGGCAAAGGUGUACAAACUCCUGGUGAUGAAAUCAACAACAGAAAAGUCACUGAAGAAAUAGUCGAUUUGCAUAAAAACUACAUGUUACAUGAGUAAUUCCACUGACGCUUAACACUCGGUAUACUUCAAUAGUUACUAAAAUCUAUCUUAGUAACUAUUGAAAUUUUUUCUCUACAAAUUAAGAAUAUAGCUAAAGGUAUGUAUGAAUGAUGGUGGCACUAGGCUUUUCUGUGAACACAAUCGUAUCAUAUCAGUGCACUACCAGUAUUGUGCCUCACCAUAUACAAGAAGCUAAGAAAAGUGUGAACACCCCAAAAGAAAGGAAGAGAGGUGGAUGGAUGAAUAAAGUGAGAUUACAUCAAGAAAAGAAGACGAACAGACAUGACAUCUACUGUACACUUGAACUCGGUACAAGAAAAAAAAGCUGCACUCAAUUAUAUUUCCCUGGUUUAUUUCUUUGAGUAUUUGACUUGGGAAUAAAUUUUUAAAAUGAUGUGGUAACCACAUGAAGUCACACAUAACAGAUGAGAAGAGACA